AAAAGAAAUAACAAGGAACUGAGGAAGCCUUCGCUGGCUUUCUACGGUCUCACUUUCAUCCAACGAAAUACGAAAUGAGAGAAUCGGAUGUGCAGUAACAGUAGAUCCCUUCCCCUAGUUUCGCGGGUGUACGUGAUCGCCGGUGAUUGGCGAAGAAUGCCGGCUACUACAGCUCUUAGCCGGUAACUUCGACCUCCAUACCGUACUUCCAGGCCUUCGACCUAAUCCUCUUUCUGUGCCCUGUUUGAUUCUCAAAAAUGAACUUGUGGGAAGCUUUGACGACAAUGGCGGCUUUGCUGCUUCCCAUACUGAUUCUCCUCUGCAAGUGUCUAUUCCGAAGGUGGAGGUCCUCCAACGCUUCGAACAAUAACCCCCAACCACCAGAACCUGCUUGCACUGUUGAUUCUUCUGCUUCCACUUCUGGUUCUGAUGCUUUCGUGCCCCUUCCAACUGGGUACUACGAGGUCUUUUUGAGUUUUAGGGGUCCAGACACCCGCCUUGACAUCACCGAUGUCCUCUACCAUUUUCUUGUUCGCUCCAAAAUCCGCACAUUCAAACUUGACGAGGAUCGUCGUGUGGGGGAAGACAUCUGGCCUAGUUUGGUUGAGGCCAUGAAGGAAUCCAAGAUUCAUGUUCCGAUUCUUUCGGAAAAUUAUGCUCAUAGUAAAUGGUGUCUCAAAGAGCUUGCUGAAAUGGUUGAGUGCCGUAAGCACGAUAAGGGGCACAUCAUUUUACCCAUUUUCUACAAGGUAAACCCUAGAGACGUGCGGAAACAAAGUGGGGCGUAUGAAGAAGCAUUUAAGCGACACAAGAAGAAUGUUGAUGACAAAACCAUACUGAUCUGGAAAAACGCUCUCAAGGAGGUUGGAGAAUUGAAAGGGUGGCAUGUAACGGACAAGGACGGGCAGGGAGCUAUAGCUGAUGAAGUUUUUGAAAACAUAUGGUCGCAUCUAAGUAACAAUUAUGAAUUAAUGACAGAUGAAUUGGUUGGAAUUGAUGGACACUUAAACGCAGUAGUUGAAAGAAUAGAUUUAAACUCUAAAGCUGUGACAACUGUUGGCAUUCAUGGCCUUGGUGGUAUCGGAAAGACCACUGUCGCAACUGUUGUCUACAAUAAAGUUUGUGCUCACUUCGAUCGCCACUGCUUUGUGGAAGACGUAAGGGAAACUUUGCAACAGAGAGAUGGUAUCGUUGCUGUGCAAAAUAAGAUACUCUCUGGCACUGUGGGAAAGGCAAGUCUUGUAUCUAAUGUUAGUGAAGGAAUCCAUAUGAUAAGAGAUAGAGUUAGCCAUUACAAGGUUCUAAUUGUUCUUGAUGAUGUGGAUGACAAGUUCAAAUUUGAUGGCAUCUUCGGAAAGUCUGAAAACUUUGCUUCCGGGAGUAGGUUUAUUAUUACUUCUAGAAAUAUUAAGGUUUUGACUUUACUCAAAGGAUGUAGGCUAUAUGAAGUUGGAGCCAUGAGUUAUGAACACUCCUUUGAACUUUUCUGCAAGCAUGCAUUUAGAAAGGAUUCUGCUCCACGUGAUUAUGCAACUUUGUCUAAAGACAUUGUAUCCACAACAGGAGGACUUCCACUGACUAUUAAGGUUGUAGGAUCACUUCUAUUUAAAGAAGAUAAAGCAGUUUGGGUAGAAACAUUGUUGCGGUUAAAGGAAACACCAGAGUCAGAGGUCUUAGAAAGGUUAAAGAUAAGCUAUGAUGCACUGGAAUACGAGGCAAAACAGAUAUUUCUUGACAUUGCUUGUUUCUAUGUUGGAACAAAUAAAGAAAUAGCUUCUUAUAUGUGGAGUGAUUGUAAGUUAUAUCCAAUCAGUACUAUUAAUGUUCUCGUCCAGAGAUCCAUAAUCAAAAUCGGAGAGAAUAAUGCGUUUAAGAUGCAUGAUCAACUUAGAGACCUGGGUAAAUCAAUUAUCCGGGAAGAAGAUAUAGAACAUCCUUGGAUGAGAAGUAGAAUAUGGUCCAAAGAGGAUGCUUUUGAGCUGUUGCUUGGCAAAAAGGGAAGCAACAAAGUGAAAGCUCUUGAAGUACAAUCAUAUCCUCAUCAUCAGUUUACUGAUGAGCAUUUCCAGAAUUUGACUGAUCUGAGAUAUCUAAGUGGAACUUUUGUGGACCUUACGGGAGAUUUUGGAGACCUUCAGGAUCUAAGAUGGCUACAAUUUGAAAACUGUCGAGGUUCAGGUGAUGGCAUAACCAAUUUUCAGAUGAAUAAAUUGGUAAUUCUUGAUCUCAGGAAAAGUGUCAUAUCAGAUGACUGGGGAGGAUGGUACCACAUCAAGAUGGCAAAAAAGCUGAAAGUUCUGGAUCUCUCACAUUGCGGCUCCAUAACCAAACUUCCGGACCUCUCCGAAUAUGGGAACCUUGAGCAUUUAAAUCUUUCUGGAUUGAGAAGAACAAGUAGCAAUCAGGACCUGAACAUUGGCAAGUUAAUAAAGUUGAAGGUUUUGAAUCUCGAGAGUUGUAGGAUAAGGAGGAUAGUGGGGAGUAGCAUUGGAAUGCAUCAGGGGGUUCGGGAGCUGUAUAUCAGCUCGUGCAGUUGCGAUAACUUGGGGGAAUUUCUUGCCGACAUCGCAAAAUUGCCGUCUCUCAAGAUUUUUACAGCAAUGGGAGUCGAGUUAAAGGCAAGACUUGAGCUACCCAAAAGUUUGAAAGAGCUGCGUGCCUCGUUCACAUUAGUUGCUAACCUCGAGGACCUGACGGACUUGGAGAUGUUAAGAGUUCAAUCUUUGGCCGAGGUGAGGCUCGACUGGAGUAAGUUAUCCAAGCUGAAACUUUUGAUGCUGUAUAAGUCCAGCACUAAAACAAUGGGUCCUCACCAGUUCCCCCCAUCUCUGACCGAGCUUCGUAUCUCCAGUUUCCCAAUGCUGGAGAUGCUGCCAAAUCUAGACAACCUAGGGAAUUUGACACUGCUGUAUAUCUUCGACUGUCACAAGCUUCGAGAGAUUCAAGGACUUGGGGUAGGGAUGAAAUCCUUGCAAUCUCUGAACAUAUCUUCUGCCGAGAGUUUAAUGCAUCUUGAUGGCCUUGAAAACCUCUCUUCUUUGGUUGAUGUGGAAUUGGAAUCUUGCAAUGCUAUGGAGAGGCUGCUUCCCAUCACUUGUAACAACAAUCUAGCUGCUCUGAAGAGGCUAAGUAAGGUAAAGAUAAUGUCCUGCCCUCGUCUCACAGAGAUAUUCCGAGGCCUUGAUGAUGAAGCUGACAAUGGCCAAAAUGUAGUACUGGACUCUUUACGAGAUCUUGAAGUUUAUAGAUGUGAAUCGCUGCAGAUGGAGGGUUUACCUCAUCUAUCGAAGUUCCCGGGUCUUACAAAGUUGAAGCUCUGGGAUCUGAAGGGAAUGGUGAAGCUGGAAGGACUGGAUUCUCUUGAACAGCUGCAAGGACUACACUUGAGGGGCAUGCCAUCAGUUGAUAGAUUACCUAAUCUGUCAAAGCUUGGGAAACUUGAAUUUCUUGAAUUGCAGCAGAUGCUGAAUCUGCGUGAGUUUGAGGGCAUUGAUGAGUUGAAAUCAUUGCUACGGUUAGAGCUCAGGGGAUGCACGUCGCUGGAGAGAUUAAUGGCAUCUGCUUUAGAGGAACUGCAGGAGCUGAUCAUAAUGGGAUGCACAUCACUGCAGAAUCUUAGCGUAGCUGGGUGUUCAAAGGUGGCCAAUCUUUACGUCUCCAAUUGCCCCAAGGUCCAUGCGAUUCAGGGCCUCGGGAGUGGGUUGAAAUCGCUGCGGUAUUUGUCAGCAGAAAGUUUGAUGCACCUCGACGGCCUUGAAAACCUCCCAUCUUUGACCGACUUAAACCUUCGAUCUUGCAAUGCAAUGGAGAGACUGCUGCCCAUCAUGAAUCCAGCUGGUCUAAACCAACUCCAGAAAGUGGAGAUUGUGAAAUGCUCUCGUCUCAAGGAGAUAUUCCAGGGGCUUGAUCAUGAUGACGGCCUAGUGUUGUGCUCAUUGGAAGAACUGGUAGUUAAUGGUUGCAUAUCACUGGAAAGUUUGCCUCAUCUGUCAAGGUGCCCAAGUCUGAAGAAGUUGAAAAUCAUGGAUUCGAAGGGAUUAGUGAAGUUAAAUGGGCUGGAGUCUCUGCAACAGUUACAAGUACUGGUGUUGACUGACUUGUCGGGUCUGCUUGAUGUUGAUGGCCUUAAGGAUUUGCUGUCGUUGGAACGACUGGCACUUGCUGGGUGCACGUCACUGGAGAGAUUGCCGGAUCUUUCUCGUUUGAAGAAUCUGAAUUGGCUGAUUUUCACAGGAUGCACAUCACUGGAGAGUUUGCCAGAUCUGUCUUGCUUGAAGAAGCUGGAGAAGUUGGACCUCCGAGGAUGCUCGAAGUUGACUGAUCUUUCUGGUUUGCACAAGCUGCAGGGUGUAGAGAUACAAUGGCCAGAUGGACGAUUACCAGAAUGGUCCGGUCAUAGUGAGCCGCACACGCAGAGCUAUCCCUCCAUGUAUUGAGAGGGUUCCUAUGUCAGUAGGUCUCCAUCUUACUCCUGCAACCAUCUUCAUCACUCCUUUCCGCUGCAAAUUCUAGGCUUUUCCACCGCAGAUUUGAGCUAACAGGUUACGUUUUCCAACUCCUCUCCACAGUCCUUCAAGUCAUUCUUCUUAUAUUUGAUUCAUGUGAGCUUUCACUGUAAUUAUUUGUUUUACCUUGAACACGUAGGCAUUUCAAGUUGUAGAGGCAGAAGGUCCGUUUCCAUGUCGUCUAGCUCAUCCACAUUUUCACAUAUACUCUAAACGAACAGAAAGCCAGCAGCAUCUGAUCUUAUUUCAAGCAUUCCUGUGUCUGGUAACACAAUAAUUUAUGUUAUUAUCUAUGGUGGCUGUAUAUAUAGGUCUUAUUAAAUGAAUAGGACUCUGCCCUACUAAAAGAAAUUGUUCUUCUUGAUUGUUUAGCAUAUCAUAGGGCAUCGACAGGAUGCUAAUGUUGUAUGUAAUGCACGUAGAUUAUAUUAUAUCCAUAACAUGGCAUCGAUUCAAUGAAACAUCAUAGAUGCUUUAUUAUUGUCUUUUUGAAAUUGAAGUAUUAAUGUUAGAGUCAC